AUGGAUAAUACGUUUGAUAAGACAGCUUCGGAAACUAUUGAUCUCUUAGAAGCGCGACUACGGAGGAUAGAAUAUUCGGUGUGUGGCCAUAUUGAUACUACAUCUAUUACGAGCUCCGAUGUAUCUAUAUCUGCGUAUGAACGACUUGCAGAUUUAGAACAUAUUCUACAUGGACUUGCUUCGAAAUCAAGGGUUAUACAGGAUUUGUUGAAAUUGCAUGCAAGAUACCCCGACCUCUUUCAAUCCAUUGAUCCCGAUCAACUCCCUACUACUCUCGAUACAUCUAGUAUUUUAUCUAUAGUAUUAGCAUCUGCCAGCUCAUAUCCAUCAACUGCCUCUCGGUUAACAUCAAUUCUUGACAUGCCAAUUCCAUCAGCAGAGUUGUCCGCCCAACUGAUCAAUUUACAGCCAAGAAUCGCGAAAGUCGAAGCUCUUCAAGUGGCACAAAAUGCGGACCUAUCAGCUCUGAGGCAAAGAACAGCAGCGGCUAUUCAACGUUGGUAUACUGUCGAUGUAUUGCGGACUGGUGAAAGUUGGGCAGAGUUGGAAGAAAGAGUACAACAAGUGGAACAAAAAGUCCGGAGAGCCACAUUGAUGAAACGAUUGGAUGAUGAUAUGGCUCAGGAGUGA